GGAGCUCCGGUAUUAAAGCGCGCGGCUCUCUGUCCGCUCUCACUUCCUUCGCGGACUCCGGACCGGAUGGACGCCGUCCGGUGACUCAUGGAGACCUCCGCCCCUCACCGGGAUCAGCAGCCGGUGGUCACGGCCGGUACCGACAGCCCCGGACAGGCAGCCGGGCUCGGCCUGCGCGCCCUGACCGGCUGCGUGCUGUGCGCGCUGAUCGUGUCCACGCUGCUCGGGAACGCGCUGGUGUGCGCGGCCGUCAUCAAGUUCCGCCACCUCCGGUCCAAAGUCACCAACUCGUUCGUGGUCUCCCUGGCCGUGUCCGACCUGUUCGUGGCGGUGCUGGUGAUGCCGUGGCGGGCCGUGUCGGAGGUGGCGGGCUUCUGGCUGUUCGGGAGCUUCUGCGACACGUGGGUGGCUUUUGACAUCAUGUGUUCCACGGCGUCCAUCCUCAACCUGUGCAUCAUCAGCAUGGACCGCUACUGGGCCAUCUCCAGCCCGUUCCGCUACGAGCGCAAGAUGACGCGCCGGUUCGCCUUCCUGAUGAUCGGGGUCGCGUGGACUCUGUCGGUGCUCAUCUCCUUCAUCCCGGUGCAGCUCAACUGGCACCGGGCCGCCUCCAGCCCGGAGAGCCCGCGGAACCCGGGGGACUGCAGCGCCAGCCUGAACCGGACCUACGCCGUGUCCUCGUCCCUCAUCAGCUUCUACAUCCCGGUGCUCAUCAUGGUCGGCACGUACACCCGCAUCUUCCGGAUCGCACAGACCCAGAUCAGACGGAUCUCGUCCCUGGAACGAGCCGCGGGGGUCCGUGCGCAAAACCGGCGGCACCGCGCCUCGACGCACGACGAGAGCGCGCUGAAGAGCUCGUUCAAGCGCGAGACCAAGGUUCUGAAGACGCUGUCCGUGAUCGUGGGCGUGUUCGUGUUCUGCUGGCUGCCCUUCUUUGUGCUCAACUGCGUGGUUCCGUUCUGCGAGGCGGACCGGCUCGGGGACGCGCCGUGCGUCAGCGACACCACGUUCAGCGUGUUCGUGUGGUUCGGUUGGGCCAACUCGUCCCUGAACCCGGUCAUCUACGCCUUCAACGCGGACUUCCGGAAGGCGUUCAGCUCCAUCCUGGGCUGCGGCCGGUUCUGUUCCGGUUCCACGGUGGAGGCGGUGGACUUCAGCAACGAACUGGUGUCCUACCACCACGACACCACGCUGCAGAAGGACGCCGGCCCGGUACCGGUACCGGCGCCCGGGCCGCAGAGGCCGGUCCCGCCGCUGUGCCCCGGAGGAGACCCGGACCGGAACUCUGAGCGGGUCUCGGUGGUGUCGGACGGAAACCUGCUGCAGCACGAGGCGGAGAUCCGCCUGGACCUGCUGCCCUUCAGCCCCUCCAGGACCCCCCACGGCCUGAUCCCGGGGCAGAUCCAGGACCUAUGAGGACUUCCUGGACCCGGACCGAGUCUGGAGGUCUGGUUCUGGACUUCCGGUAGAGUUCAAGAAACUCUCAGCUCCGAUUCUGAUUUAAACUUUAGAUAAAGUUCAAAUUGGUUGAAUAAUUUUGAUUUAAAAGCUGGGAGCUGUCUAAAACCAACUUUAUAAAAGUUUUAAAAUUAAAAAAUAACUUUUAUUUCUUUUUAUAAGCUUUGAAUUUUAGACCAGAACCAGAUAAAUACACUGUAAAGCAUGAAUGAUUUAAAACACCUGGAGAUAGACAGAAACUAAAUUUAACUGAAUUAAAAAGUUUAACAAAAUGGGGGUAAAGUCACCAAAAAGUUUUUAAAAUUACAAAUAAAAUGUUAAAAACAUUCUUUUUUACAGUGUAGUUGUCUGAAGUUUGGACCUGGUUUAUGUUUUUAAAAAAAUCACUUUUUGUAAUUUUUCCAAUAAAAUAAAGGUUUGUUAAAUCACAAACUGUUUUAAAACAUUUCAAUAAUUAAUAAUUGUUGAAUAGUUUAGAUAAAAAAAAACAAGGAACUGUCUGAAACCAACUAACUAACACCUAGAGAUGAACAGAAAAAGUCUAAUUUAACAUCAUAAAAUUCACCAAAAAUGGUGGUAAAGUUACCAAAAAAGUUUUAAAAUCCCCCCCCAAAAAAACCCCACUAAAAUGUAUGUUCUUUUUUUACAAUGUAGUUGUCUUAAAUCUGGACCUGGUUUAUAUGUUUGUUUGUUUGUUUGUUUUUUUUUAAAAACACUUUUUGUCAUUUUUAUCAAUAAAAUACAUGUUUGUUAAAUAACAAACUGUUUUUAAACAUUUAAAUAAUUAAUAAUUGUUAAAUAAUUUAGAUAAAAACUAAAAACUGCCUGAAAUCAACUUAAAAAAAA